AUGGUGGAUCGCGUGGAAUGCUCGGCCGUCUAUAUUGAUGACCGGGUCCGAUCGGAGAGAUGGGUGCGCAGAGGUUCUGUCGAUGAAUCAACUGUGUCGUCGUCAGCCGCAUCCUUCACUCAACCCGAUGAACCGGAUGCUCUCCACGCCGAUUUAGAGCAACUGCUUGAAGUGUGCAAAAAAAUCUAUUUGUGUCAGACCGGAUCAUCCUUUGCCACCAAAUUGGCCGAACUUAGCGAUCGCUCGGGUAGCGAUUGCAUCCCAAUAUUUGCCUUCUUCAGUAUCGACUUCUCAUCUGACGAAUUAAAUAUCGCGCGUCGAAAGGCUAGUCGUGCCUCGUGGGGAGAUACCGGCCCUCCAUCCCCCAGCUCCUUCCAACUUCAACGAACCUUUACUUUUUCUUCCCGUUCCGACGAAGCGCCUGGCCUGUCACUCCUCUCUGGAGUUUCUACCGAUAUACAAGUUCAAGACUGUCCCAACCUCGUUAUCCCUAUCGCCAUCCUGCGUACCGCUGGCUCGGACGCGCCCGACUCUACGGACCCCAAUGAACGGCUUAGUCGGAAUCCCGUAACUUUAGAGCACAAGCAAAUUGCCCGGUGUCUUGAUGCGGGCGCCGUCGAUGUUUUGACGACCCCUCUCGAUCGGGGGAGGAUCCAGGGCUUAGUGGUUCAUUCGUAUCGGACUCGUCGCACGGCGCAGCGGGAGAUGUCGCGCUUCUUAGCACGGAGGAAGCAGCGCAAGCAUUCUUGGGUUGGCGUACAUGAUGAGGAACCGUAUGCGUAUCUGAGAGAGGCGAUGGUCUCCAAACUCAUGAAUGGUAUCUGUAAUCCCGAAGAGGUCAUCCACGACUUUCAGGACAGGGCCCUGGAUAUCGAGCCAGCGCGCGAGACGUACAUCAGGGCGCAGGUUGGGAGGUGGAAUUUCUCAGCUCAUGAAUUAUCAGAGGACGAGCUGGUCUUUGGCGCAUGCGCAAUGCUUCAGCACGCGUUUACUCUCCCCGGACUAGAGCACUGGCAAUUAACUUUUGACGAACUGCGGACAUUCUUACUAGCCUGCCGCGCAGCUUACAACUCCUUCGUCCUCUACCAUAACUUCCGCCAUGCCAUUGACGUACUGCAGUCUGUCUUUGUCUUUCUGCUCCAUAUUGGAGCUCUACCUCACUACAAGCCGAUUGGCCAAGUCCCCGUUUCGUCAAAAGCCCCUAUCACCCAACUUCUCUCCCCAUUUGAUUCCCUCACACUUCUCAUCGCAGCAAUCGGCCACGACGUCGGCCACCCUGGUGUCAACAAUUUUUUUUUGGUCAAACUUAACGCUCCCUUGGCUCAGCUCUACAACGACAACUCCGUCCUGGAAGCAUUCCAUUGCGCAGCCUUUUCCCAGAUUCUUCGCCGGCACUGGCCUGCCGCCUUCAAGGAUAAACAACUUCGAAAGCUCCUCAUCAGCACCAUUCUGGCGACCGAUAUGGGCGUUCACCAGAAAUUCAUGCAGCGUAUGGGAUCCCUACAAGAAAAGUACCACGAGAACAACCGGUCUUUAGAUGGUUGGAAACCCCAGGACAUCGAAAUGUACAAGUCUCUGCUCUGUGGCCUGAUAAUCAAGUGCGCCGAUAUCAGCAACGUCGCUCGCCCGUGGACCAUCGCAGAGCGCUGGACUACGGUUCUUCAGGAAGAGUUCGCCAAUCAAGGUGAAAUGGAGAAGGAAGUGGGCAUGGAAACUGCCCUCUUCGGCGGACCGCCAGAGCUUGGCAAUGUCUACAAGCUUGCCACAGGUCAAAUCGGCUUCAUGUCGAUUUUCGCCCUUCCUCUCUUCGAGGGGGUGUCGGAUUUUCUACCACAGAUGCAGUUUACCUGCGAUGCCAUUCGUCGUAACUUAGCACAGUGGCAACAAUACGCCAACGAUCAACUUCGAAGACAAGCCCUGCAAGUUCAGACACCCGACACCGUCACCAUCUCUCCUCGCUCUCGAAGCCCGAUUCGACCGAUCGUGAAAUCGGUUCCUGAAGGCGUGGCCCCCAUACGAGAAGGUCCACUGACUACAGGGUCGGAUGCGAGCACCCCGCGACCUGGCGCAUACCAAGGGAGCGCCAUUGAGCCGGUUACAACAGUCGACACCCCUGGCCCUCAGAUCGAAAUCACCGGCUCUUCAAUGGUGCCGGAUGUUUCGUCUUGCAAGUCAUCUAAUGCUGUGCCAGACCUCUCCUACUUUUCUAUUCCGACUGCACCGCACCGAGGUGGAGGAUUAGCAACCCAUCAGUAUCAAACCCCCUUCACAGAUCCCAACCGGUCCCCCAACGAUCCGGCUGUCCUAGCAACCGCUUUAUAUGCCAAUUCGGCCAAAGGCUCCAGCGUCUCACGAGGGACUACCGCGCAAGAUCAAUCAAAUGAUUCUCCACCCGAAAAAUCAUUUAGCUACCGCCAAUUUCCUCAUGGCUUCCAACACCACGCACAUCACAGCUCCUCUGCGCGGACAUCCGCGCCAUCAAAUUCCAACCGCAAUAGCUGUACCCGUACGCAGAGUAUCAGCACAUACAGCAACAACAUGACCCCGAUUUCCCCUGCCACCAACGCCACUAGUCUUCUAGCCGUUGAUAGCAGCGACGAGAAUCGAGCUUCAAACGACAGUGCGGCUCUAAGCGACCUAGGGCCAGAGGGAACCAGUGCCCGCCCUAGCACAUCGUACGUACGAGACUCCAACGGUGGAUACUACGCUCGUCGUGCCUCUGGACGUGGCUCAGGUCUAUAUUUGGGCCGUCCAAUGUCAGACGAUGGAAGGGGUUAUUCGAAAAACGGGCUCAAUGGCUCUCUGAGUGCAGACCGAUCUGCAAAUAAUGACAAUAACAAAAACGAUCAUCUGGGUGACGAUUCCCGCAAUGGUCUUGGAUUCCGUAAGUUGGGAAAGCGACGGAGUCGACUACGUCUCGCUUUCUGGAAGCGUCGCCCUCACCAGCAACAAGAGGUCCACGGCGAAAGCUGA